AAAAAAAACCCUAAACUGUAAAAAAACCUUUUUGUUUUGUUUGUGCGGUGGCCGUUAAAGUCCUGUUUAGAAAUUCAAACGCACGCUCCUCGAAUAACCAUAAAGCCACAAACACCGACAGAUUGAGAUCCAAGCAGGGAGGGGCAUUAGAUCCCUGCCGCAACCAUAUCUAACCUGCAUUGUAAUUUAGCUUGUGUUGUGUUUGUGAACAACCCAAAUCACAGGCACAGCGUAAAGGCCCAGCUAUGAAGGGUGAGGAGGGGAACAAGAGGUACAUCAGCUCUGAGGAGUUGAAGGAGCACAACAAGCAAGGAGAUCUGUGGAUAUCAAUUCAGGGUAAGGUUUACAAUGUCUCUGAUUGGGCCAAGGAUCACCCUGGUGGUGAGGUUCCCCUUUUGAAUCUUGCUGGCCAGGAUGUCACUGAUGCAUUCAUUGCAUACCAUCCUGGCUCAGCAUGGCAAUAUCUUGACAAAUUCUUCACCGGGUAUCACCUCAACGAUUUCCAAGUCUCUGAUGUAUCCAGGGAUUACAGGAAACUCGUGACCGAGUUUGUUAAAUUGGGGCUUUUUGAGAAGAAAGAGCAUGUCACCUUAUACACCCUCACCUCUGUUGCUGUUAUGUUUUCCAUUGUUGUUUAUGGUGUCCUCAGAUGCACAAGCGUGUGGGCUCAUUUGGGCUCUGCCAUGUUGCUGGGUUUGCUUUGGAUGCAGAGCACUUAUGUGGGUCAUGAUUCUGGUCACUAUGAGGUUAUGUCGAGUCGCGGUUACAACAAAUUAGCCCAAGUUCUGUGUGGGAAUUGCAUGACUGGGAUAAGCAUUGCCUGGUGGAAAUGGACUCACAAUGCUCAUCACAUUGCCUGUAACAGUCUUGACUAUGAUCCUGAUCUGCAGCAUAUCCCUGUUUUUGCUGUAUCUUCUCGUUUCUUCAGUUCCAUUAGAUCUUGUUUCUAUGGGAGGGAGCUCAAGUUUGAUGCUUUGUCGAGGUUUCUGAUCAGUUACCAGCACUGGACAUUCUACCCGGUCCUGUGCUUUGCCAGGGUCAACUUGUACCUUCAGACUUUUCUGCUCUUGUUUUCAGGGCGUAAAGUCCCAGAUAGAGCUUUAAACAUAUUGGGGAUCCUUGUAUUUUGGACUUGGUUCCCUCUUCUUUUGUCGUGUCUGCCAAAUUGGCCAGAAAGGAUUAUGUUUGUGCUAGCUUCCUUUGUUGUUUGUUCUGUUCAGCAUCUCCAAUUCUGUUUGAACCAUUUUGCUGCAAAUGUGUAUGUGGGGCCACCAAAGGGGAAUGACUGGUUUCAGAAGCAGACAAGUGGGACAUUGGACAUCUCUUGCUCAUCUUGGAUGGAUUGGUUCUUUGGUGGUUUGCAGUUUCAGCUUGAGCACCAUUUGUUCCCAAGGCUUCCAAGGGCUCAAUUGAGGAAGAUAUCUCCAUUGGUGAUUGAUCUUUGCAAGAAGCAUAAUUUGCCUUACAGGAGUUUGUCAUUUGUGGAGGCCAAUCUUUGGACUCUUAAGACACUCAGAACUGCUGCUCUUCAAGCUAGGAACCUCACUGACCCUUCUUCCCAGAAUUUGUUGUGGGAAGCUUUCAACACUCAUGGCUGAGCAUUUCAAUUUAAUUUCCCUUUUGUUAGUUAUUGUACAAUAAUGAAGAUAGGAUCACAGAACUCGGGCUCUUCAUCGUAACUAUUUGCGGAUCUUAUUUUAAUGAUCAUAUUUGCUUAUUCACGUCUUA